AUGGCCGAUGAAGCAAACCGAACUGCUUUUAUCGAGAUUCAGAAUCGAAUGAUCGAAACUACAGCUAAAUUGAAGCAGGUGCAGAACCAGAUGCGGAGUAAAGAAGGAGAAAAGAAGCGUGCUUAUCUGACUUUGGAGGAAUUGCGUAUAUUGCCCGAUGAUACAAAUGCAUAUAAAUCAAUAGGGAGAACGUUUGUUUUGGAGCCUAUAUCAAUUUUAAUGAAUGAACAAGAGCAAAAGCUGAAGGAUAGUGAAGCUGCAAUAUCGACUCUGGAGGACAUCGGCGGCAACCCGAGAAGCAUUCCCGAUUUGUUCCAGGCAGAGCAUUAUCACGCGAAAAAUUUUCUUGGCAGUCCGUGGUCUCUUUUUGAAACUUAUAACUGUUUCUAA